UCUAUACAUCCGAACAUUUAAAUUUAUAAUAGAUAGAAGUGUAAUAAUAUUGUAAUUCCACAGUGUACUUCUUGGCGACAAAGAAAAAGUAUCCAUUGCUGUUAUUCGACAAAUACACAUUCAAGAGACAAAGUAUAUUAACAUCAGGUGGUGUCAUUUGGUAUUGUUCCAAUCGUCACUAUGGAUGCAAAGCCCAGGUGAAAAGUAUCCAAGAUUCUUAUGCGUUUGGAAAAAUAGAACAUAAUCACGACCCACCGCGAUGCACUCAGCUUAGCAACGGUACAUGGAUCAGAAAGCGCAAAAUGAAAAAAUAUAAAUCAAGAAAACUAUGAACCAAUAAUUUCCGAAGUAGUCCAGACCAUCGUGAGAUCCAUGGAGGACAUUAUCUGGAAUAUUUUCUUGCACAUUUAUGAUGUCAAACCAGCUUUUUACUCAGACGCUCUACCUUUCUACUUCUGUUUCUCUCUCGAGUCUUUACGUUACCAUGUUAGACUAAGCUUGCUUUUAUUAUUAUUAAUCAUUUAAGUUUCUAAUCUCUAUGUGAUGGUGUAUUCAAUUUAUUAUAAUGGUAUGUAAUUAAGAUAUUUUAUUAUUAUAAAAGUAUAAUCUAUCGUAACUGGAAUUUGCGCUUAUGUUAGCUUUUGUAGAGUUUGUCUUUUAAUCUAAACUACUAAACAGAUUUUGACCAUCGGAAUGUCAUUCUAUUUUUCUAUUUUUCUUUCUUAUUUAACUAAUAGAGUUCAUUAUAUGUAUUAAAGAAGUAAAAGAAAAAGUAGAGUUCAUGUAUUAUCAACUUUAGAGUAUGACACACGUAAGCAAAAGUUGGUAACAACUCCAUCGGCAAACACAUUGUCGUCCUUAUAUUAUGAUGAUGAAUAAUUAUUGAUAUUAUUUCAGCAUAUCUCCUUCCGUCUCGGUUUGGAAAGCAUCCUAUGCUAUGGCUGAACAAAUAUACAUAUAAGAGGCAACAUAAAAGUAAAAAUGAAAAAUAUGUGAGUACAUCUCGAAGAGGCGGCGAGAUUCUUCACUAUCAAGGUCAGGUGUACAAUCUUCGAUCCAAAACCACAGCGGGCAAGAAGACAUGGUGUUGUAAAUACUACCAUAAUACCUGGGUACUAUGUCCUGUCAAGAUUAAGACAUUUGGUACGGACCUAGAAAUAAUUGCUAUUAGUGGUGAACAUAACCAUUAAAUUGUCAACUGUCUGGACUCUCGGACUGGAUUAAACCCGGCUCGAACGACCAAGAAAUUAGAAAUACAAUGAUUUUAGUUUUAAUGAUUCGUUUUAAGCACUUAUAUGUUAAUCUCUUUUAUUAUGUACGAUUAUUGUCUUUACUUCUAGAUUUGUAAUGCACCAAUUUUUUUUUAAAUAAAGAUAUAUUAAGUAAAAAUCUUUUUUUUUAAAUGGCAAUCUAUGUAGUGAUUAGCUAAAGCAUCUACAUGAUAAACUUAUAUAAAACGGCUAAACACUUACGUAUAUUCGUCCGGUGGGCACCGACUAGUUUUGAGUCCAUCUUGGGCCCUUCAUCUACAUGAUGUUUGAGUUUUUAUUGAAUUUAGAUUAAGUAAGUAGAGAAGAAAUGUAAGGCAACUUGAUAACGUGUAAACUGUUAAUUUUGCAGGUGAUGAAAACUUAAAUAUGAUAAUAACUGAUGUUACUUCUGAAGCAAAUGAACAAAAUGAUUCGGAUGAUGAUGUCAUCGAAGUUGUUAGAGAUGAAGCGCCAAUUGAAAUUUUAUCUGAUGAUGAAGAGACUGAAUUAGAAAGAUCUAAGCUAGUAACAGCAGUAGAUGAGUUUCUGUUUGCAGAUUUGCCAGCCAGGCUUGAAAAUUCUAUUGAUGAAGCGAAGAAUUCUCCCUUAGAUCCUCUUUUCAGUAAUACUUAUUUAGAAAAUAGUAUAAAUGUGACAGAUUGUUACAUAGGUCGAAAUGAAAUAAGAAGUAAUCUCCAAGACGAAGAAAGAGAUACCAUUAAUGUAACUGAAGUUUUAAGUGAUAACCAAAGGGAUGAAGAAACUGGGCUUAAUUUACCUCUGACGGAAAAUAAGAAUAUUGAUAAUACGCCAAUUCCAAAAGUUCCUAAUGUAGGUUCCACCGAUAAGAGUGACUGACAUUAUGCCUUAAUGCAGAAAUAAUUUUUCGCUAUUUUUUAGAUAAACAUGUUAUUUUAAAGUAGUUUGAUUUAAAUACGUAGUUAUAAUUGUAAGCGAGUAUUGUUACUAUUAGUAAAAGCGAUUAAAAUAAUAUUUAGCAAUAAAUGCUGAUUAGGAAAUAU